UCCGGAUUUGAUAGCCCCCCUUCGCUUCCGUUUUUAUAUUUUCCCCAUAGUUUUAUUUUCGGAUUUCUCUCGUUGCGGAAGUGGGAAAGAAUCGACAGAAGGCAGCGAGAAGAGAACACAAGAGAAGAAAAAUAGUUCUCGAGAACAAUCCGGUUUCGGUGGAUCGAUCUCGUCGUCUGUUGCAAGGGUUUCGAUAAAGAGGGGCUGCCAUGAGAUUCAAGAAGGGGAACAAGGUGGAGGUUUGGAGCCCGAGGGAGGUUCCGUCAGGCUCAUGGCGGAGUGCCGACAUCAUCUCGGGCAAUGGGCAUUAUUAUACUGUGAGAUAUGAUGGGUAUCCGAUGGACGGCAGUGUGGCAGUGGACAGAGUGCCAAGGAAAGCUAUCAGACCCUGCCCUCCACCUGCCGGAACCCUGGAGGAUUCAACAUCUGGUGAUGUUGUUGAAGUUUUCGACAACAAUUCAUGGAAGCUCGCUGAGAUAUUGGUAGUUGUUGAUAAGAAAUACUGUUCUGUUAGGCUCCUUGGAUCCUCCAGGGAGAUCAGAGCCCACAAAUCUCUCUUAAGGAGACGGCUGUCUUGGCAAGACAACAAGUGGGUGAUGAUUCAUAAGGAUUCUGGAGUACAAAAUGGUGCAAUGCUAAGCAGUCUGUCAAGAGGAGGAAAGUCCAGUUACCACUUGCCUCAGUCAUGUGUGGAGAUAGAUAAUUCUGCUGGAAAGAGCCUUUCUCCUAUUGAAAAUUAUGAUUUUCCUGAGAAAGCUAGACGAUUCCUCUCAAGAGAAACAAAGAAAAGGCCAUUUGAUAUAUAUUUUCCUGCUGAGAAGUGCAAUGAUGUUAGAAGAAAGACAAGGGCAACCGAAAAAAAUGGGAUGGAUCAAAGAAUAUCUACCGAGCACCCAAUACAUUGUCUGGAAAAGGGUCAAAGUUGGAGGCUUCUAAGCUUUGCUUCCUUAUGUCUCUGAUGAUGGAGUUGUCAUGGCUUUUACACUUCAAACAGUGUGGCAAAACUUCCAUCUUAUUCCUAUGAAUAUGUCAGUAUAUUUGAUUAUUGGUACUUUUAUUUCUGUUAUAUCUUCCUAUUUCAGGCUUAUUUUCUGCCUGUAAUACAUGCAUGAUGCAAGGAAGUUAACCAGAAAUAUAUUAAGAAAAUCUUUACAAGUGAAACUGUUAAUUUAAGCCUUCUAUCCUAUCUAUAUUUGAUCUUUAAUAAACUUGUUGAUUGUGUGCAUAAUGCCUGUUAUUAGUAAACAUAUGUAUGUUCCAUGGCGUGCUUAUAAUUGUGGUCUACUUGUUGCUGUAAUAUGGAUUACAAGCAAAACGUAGUCUAUAAAAAUAUAUCCUUGCUGCUUAUUUUACACUGGAGACUAAGCUAUGAACAUGACACGACAGUUAAUGCAAAACUUGUUUGACAUGGAAUUCCAAAAUUGUAAAAUUAAGAAUGAGGUAUCAGUUAUGUUAGUAUAGUGUCUGUUUAUUAAUUUCAACUGUUUGUUUUUUAGGUAAUGCAAAUCAUAGGUAGAAUCAUCAAUAUGCAAUUCCAAGUGUUUGGGUAAAGUCACAGUAUGAUAUUUGAAUUAGCCACUGCUGGCAUAUUCUCAAAUAUUUUGUUUCAUCUUUACAAGAUUAGCAUUUUGACAUGAACUAACUCAUGAUGAGAAAUGAGCAAUGUCUAAUCCCUAGUGAGAGCUGAAUUAUUAGUCUAGACUCAGUGAACUAGAUUUAUUUACUUGAAUCUUAUUUCUUUAGUUGCCAUUUCUCUUGGAAUAGCUUUUACUCGUGGACAUCAUAUAAUCAUUUUAGUUUCUUGUUUCCCACAGUGUGUGUGUUGCAUGAGGCCAUCUUCAUCCCCUAAAAUGAGUUUGGAGUACUUGGAUUGGGUCCAGGAUAACCAUCGCUGUCUUGACAUGUUUUCCUCUUCCCAUUAUCCUAUUUAUUAUCUUUUCAACUUUGCAUAAUAACCCCUGAUUAGUCCCACAUCGAAAGUGGGCAGGAUUAAGAUUGACUUAUAAAGGGUCUGAUGAGUGUACUACUAUCAACUUCAGCUUAAGCAUUUUGGUCAGUGGAUUAGACCAAACGAAGUUGAUAGGCCAGUUAGCCCAUCAGGCCCGAGUCAUAAUAUUUGGUAUCAGAGCCGACCUAGCAUUUGGGCAUGGUGAGGGGGCUCGAGUAGGAAAGGGCUACCUGUAGACGGAGUCAGAGGACUCGUCACGGCAUGGAACCACCAUUGGGUUGCGCCUCACAUGCACUAUGCUAGGGUUUGAUCUGGGUUAUGUUGGGUCUUGACGAGGACGUCAAGCCUUUGAGUGGGGGUGCCUUUGAGUGGGGGUGAUUGUAACACCCCUGAUUAGUCCCACAUCGAAAGUGGGCAAGAUUAAAAUUAACUUAUAAGGGUCUGAUGAGUUUACUAUAAUCAACUUCAGCUUAAGCAUUUUGGUCAGUGGUUUAGACCAAACGAAGUUGAUAGGCUAGUUAGCCCAUCAGGCUCAGGUCAUGAUACUUUGUAACACCCCUGAUUAGUCCCACAUCGAAAGUGGACGGGAUUAAGAUUAACUUAUAAGGGUCUGAUGAGUGUACUAUUAUCAACUUCAGCUUAAGCAUUUUGGUCAGUGGUUUAGACCAAACGAAGUUGAUAGGCUAGUUAGCCCAUCAGGCUCGAGUCAUGAAAUUUGGUAUCAGAGCCGACCUAGCAUUUGGGCAGGGUGAGAGGGCUCGAGUAGGAAAGGGCUACCCGUGGAUGGAGUUAGAGAACUCAUCACGGCGUGGAGCCACCACUGAGUUAAUCCUCACAUGCACUAUGCUAGGGUUCGAUCUGGGAUAUGUUGGACCUUGACGAGGACGUCAAGCUAAUUGAGUUGGGGAUAAUGUAACAUCCCAUUAGUCCCACAUCGGAAGUGGGCAAUGUGUAUGAUUAGCUUAUAAGGGCCUGAUGAGUGUACUACGUUAACUCCCGCUUAAGCAUUUUGGUCCACGGUUGAAGGACCAAAAUGGAGUUAUUGGCCAGUUAGCUCAUCAGACUCGGGUCGUGACAUUGCCUUAAAGCUCUAGAAACCUAUAAUACAGCCUUUUGUCUUGUUGCUAUAAUAUCUUUAACCUAGUCUUCCACUUACAUUUACCAACCAACAAGCAUUAUAUGCUUAAUAGCCUCCGCAGUAGUGUUGUUAUCCAACACUUCACUCUUGCCCAUAAACAAUCAAACAAGGCCUAAAUUGUUGAACAUUAGGUGACACUGGUAUGAUAAAGUUUUCAAGCAGAGCAACCUCAUCAAUCAACUGGGGCUUUUGGAGAAGUGUUGCAUCAGUGAUAUUUCUCUAUUCACAAGCUCUAGAAAUCUUCUGAACAUUGCUUUACUUAUAUUUCCAUUGCUGAAAUUAUUUUUCUAUAUACAGAUGGAUACGUGUCUUGUCUUGCAUAGGGUGAUUGCACAAACUGGGUAUGUGAAACUGUCCUGUAUCCGUCAAAAGAAAAGGUCAACGUUCUUAAUUAUUUUAAUACUAACCAGAAUUUCAUUUUCUUAAUUAUUUUAAUACAAACCAGAAUUUCAUUUCAAGUCAGUCGUUUAAUUGUGUAUGCAUUAUUUUAAUUUAUGAAUAUUGUAUAUUUUCAUAAUCUGUAUUUUACUACCUUGAUUUUACUUUUCUCUAGACAAUUGGUUACAUAUGGUUGAAGAGUAACAUGAACAGAUAGGUGGUGAGCUUCGAACAAGUCUGCUUCUGGGAAAAACAGUCAUGAAUUUUCUAAUGGAUUAAGUCUUAUCAAAUAAUAUUUUCCUUCAAAUGACAUGCAAGUUCUUUCCACCUCUGCAUUCUUGCAAUAGUUAGCAUAAGCGAAAUUCAAUAGUUAUUAUUUUCAGCAGUUUAUAUGUUGAAACACUAUUUUCUGAAUUAAUUCUGGAACUAUUGUUUGCUUAUUCUAAUUAUUAUUUUUUUGAGGCCUCUUUGUCAACUAGGUAUCAUAGACUUUGUUGCUUCAAUUAGGGAAGAUGUCAUAAAAUGAGUUAGCCACAAACCUGGAGCAUGAUGGUGAUUGUUGGAAUCAUGCAUUUGCUGCUGGGUUGAUCAUGCAUUUGUUGCUGGGUUGAUCAACUGUUGUAGGUAUGGACUGUAGGCCUAGAUUAGGAACCAAAUCAUGAGUAAUUUAUAAAUAAUGCUUCACGGAAUAUAUACAUACACCAAAAUGAAGAUGACUGAUCUCUACUAGACAAGUUGUUCUUGUAGCUACCUUAGUGGUAUAACCCAUUCUUACAGAUCCUGAUUUAAAUGUUUUUCAUGCUGACUUUUGUUAAUUUGAUAUCCUGUAACCAACAGUAACUAGUUAAGAAUGUCUGCAGUUACUCGGAGAAUGCUCUUAUGACCAUUUCCAUUGCAGAGCCUGUUAUAAAUGUGCAUAUAUAAUGCUAAGUCUUUCGUUAUGGUCUGAGAACAAGGCAGUUUUUCAUGUUAACAUAUAGUAACUUGCAAGAUUAAGGAUCGUCUGCAGGUGCUCAGAACGCUGGGAGUACACUCUAAUGCCUGAAGUUUGAAGGAAUCUGAUUUGAUUUUUGACAUAUGACAUAAAGAUGUCAUAGCAAGCACGAGGUGAACUAGUGUUGCGAUCAUGGAAAAUUGUAAUCUGCAGACCAAAAAAUCUCGACAUGCUAUUUGCUGGAGCAAAUAUGUUUGGAGUUGCACUAGCACUUGAUGGCUUCUUCUACUUGCCAAUAUCAAAUAUGGUUUAUGAUCAAAUCUGAGUAGUCCUAGUUAUAAAAGCUCUAGAUGUGAAGUAUUAUUGAGUUCCUGUAGAAACCUGUUUGUAUCCAUGGGAAGUGUGCAUACAUCUAUUUCAUCCCUAUUGUAGUAGACUUGAACUCUGUGGUUGAUCUGAAUCUGUGAGCUUCCAUGGAUGUGCAAUUGUUAAGGACUUCUCAGGCAUGGGAACUGCAUCUCAAAAUGAUGAAUAGUAGCUAUCUAAAUUUGUACUGUUUCUAGGUCACUGCAGUGUUCUAUGUUCUGAUUCCAGGAAUUCCAAUAUGAUUCAGGACAGUGAUGUGUUGUGGCUUU